AUGAAACACAAAGCACCCACUGGCAGUGAGUAUCUUCUUGCACAGAUUCAGCUGGCAUUCUCCCGGCAGCCCCCGGCCGGCUGCCCCCCCGACACCUUCCGGGCCCUGGGCCUCACUCUCCUGGCCUGUUUCUGCACCGACCCGGAGCUCGCUGGGCACUCCCAGGUCCUGAACAAAAUCCCGACCUUCAAUGACGUCCUGGUUUCCCCCAGCGAUCCAGAGAGCACGUCCAUGAUCGAUGAUGUGUACCAGUGCCUCAGUGCUGUCCUGGCCACAGCCAGGGGCCCCAGAGAGCUGGUGACCAAAGGGACAGUGCCUGCCCUGUGCCAGGCCUACCUGAGUGGCAGUUAUGGCUCUGCCCGAGCCCUGGCACUGCUGCAGGGGCUGUUGGCCAUUGCAGAGACCAGGUGCUGGCAGAGAGAUGCUCCACAGCUCCUGGCUGUGCUGGGCAAGCUCUCUGAUGAUUUCCUCAAGGCUGAAGACAUGACCAAGUUUGAGCUGUGUGAGGUUCUGCCUCACUUCAUCCCCCUGUCACCACCACCCACGCAGGACUCGCAAGGCUCCGAGUGCCUCCACAGGCUCUACAAAGGGCUGGCUGACAUCCUGGGCAGUAAACUCAGCCAGUCUCAGAGGGACCCUGCUCUGAAGCUUGCUGCCUGCCUCGUGCAGGCCUGUGGGUCAGAGUGGAUCCCAGCAGGGAGUGCUGGAAGCAAGUUCCUGGCCUUGCUGGUGAACUUAGCUUGUGUGGAAGUCCGGCUGACCCUGGAGGAGCCAGGUCCCUUGGAUGUAGAGGGGAAAAAAGAAGUGGUAACAGCCUGCUAUGUCCUUAUUGAGAUGGGGAUCCAGGAGUGCCUGAGAGAAGAUAAACCACUGCUAGAAGAGAAGCAGAAAAUGCAGCUCAUGAGGAUCAUGGAAGAGGCAUUUGGAGCUGUAAUAUUCUACUUGAGACAGGUUAAACAAGAGGAGCUACAAGAUCCUUUCAUAUUUGCUUCUGUUCGAAUUCUUGGAGCCUGGAUGGCAGAAGAGACAUCCUCCCUCAAGCAGGAAAUCUGUGAGCUCUUGCCUUUCCUUGUUCAUUAUGCUAAGAAGCUUUUCCAAGAGGGCAGCCCAGCUGUGAGCCUUCCCCAGCCCGAGCUGGUCAGCACCAAGGGCUCAGCCUUACCCCAGGAUGCUCUGAGAUUUCUGCUACCUGGCUUUUGCCAUUUAACAGCAGAGGACAGACCCCGGGACAUCCUCAUCUCAGCAGGGGCACCAGCACUGCUGUGUGAGUACUUCCUCCAUCAGUGGGAGGUGCUGACCUCUGUUCCCAAGUCCCUGACCCCACUGACCAGCACUGAAAUGAGCCUACAGACUGCUUGUGGGAUUUUCCUUAACCUUGUUGUGACUGCACCAGACUUCAUAAGGCAAGACAAAACCUUUUCCUCUUUGAUGGACAUGUUGCUGAAGUCUCUGCCCCUGCUGCUGUCCCAGAAAGAUCUCCUGGUUCUGGCAGCCAACGUGGCCACUCUGGGGCUGAUGAUGGCCAGGAUCCUGGCAGGCUCAGCAGCUCUUCAGGGUUCCCAGUCUGCCCAGGAGUUCUUCAGAGCUGCCAUUCUCUUCCUAUCCCAAGCCCACACAGCCCAGGCAGACCCCGGGAGCGAGGCCAUGGUCCUGGCUGUGUCCCCUGCCUACAUGGGUGCCUGGCCCGAGGUGGGUGAGCUCUGGUUCCUGGGGAUGCAGGCCCUGGCUGCCUGCCUGCCCCUCUUCCCCUGGCUGCCCCAAGCUGUGCUGCAGACACACUGGCUGGAAAAUCUCUCCGAGCUCCUGACCCGCGUCGCUCCAGCCUCGGUGGAUUUUGAGCUCGUCGCUGCUUUCCAGGGUGUGUUGGUAGAGCUGGCCAGAGCCAGCAGGCCCUGCAGGGAUGUGAUCCUGUCCCACCACGGCACCGAGUGGGCCAACCUCUAUGGGAUGGCAGCUUUGGAGCAGUGUCUGUCUGAGCAGUGA